UGUAUAUCCAUUUCAGUUUACCAGCGACGAAUUCCAUCGAAAUUCCCAUGUCUUAGGGUUAAAUUCAUCUAAUUCUUCUCCAGAUCUCAUCAUGCAAAUCCUGAUUUCCAGGAAACCUGUGAUCGGAUUUUCUCCUCAAUUCCUGCAGCCAAACUUCGUCCCAUGGAAAAAUCUGGCUUUUCUCAGAAUAUACCCCCAAAAACCCCGACGUGGCGCGACUCUGACGCUGUGCUCUAGUGCUCCUCCGUCGUCCCUGAGCUAUGGCGGCUGGGAUGAUAAUCUACUCAUCGCCGACUCGGGUGAGUCGAAUCGAUUUCAUAAUGUUAUGGAUUCUCUCGGAAUCGGUGAUAGAAAGUACGCAUUUGUGUAUCUGUUUGGGUUCGUUUGUGCGUUGGCCAUUUCUAGGGUUAGGGUUUCUUCAAUUAUUGUAUUUCCAGCUUGCGCUAUCGUGUUUGCCCUUGGGUUUUCCGUUGGGCUUGCUAGAGGGGGGCAAUUGACUGACUCGAGAUUGAAUUCGAAUCGGAAAAAAUAUCCAUAUGACAAUUUGAUAGGUUGCAUUGAAAAGUUGAAGAAUUUAGGGGAUAAUUUGGAGGAGUACAAUGCUAAGGUUCUGCACUUGAAAAAUGAUAUUAACAGAGGCAUAGAAUGUAAUCAAGUAACUGUGACUGAUUUACAAAGCUACAUUGAUGUUAUAGAAUCUGCAAAUACCAAUUUUCAGAACACAAUAGCUGCUGUUGAAAGCUGUGUGCAGAGUAUGACAAUCGGUAGCCAUGGAAAGGAGGGAAGCUCUGAUAAAGAGUCUGGUCAGAGAAGAAAGAAAUUGGGAGAGAGUGGAUUUAACUUCUCUCAGUAUUUCGGGGCUUUGUUUCGUAGUGCAAAACCGAAGAAAAUGACAUCGAUCGAUGCAGAGGCAGAUGAUAGAAAACGGGGCAACAUCAUUGCACCAUCUGUUCAAGAAAAGAAGGAUCAGACAACAUUGGCGCACGGUGGACAUUUAGGUAACAGAGAUCCUGUCAUUACUCGAAGCAGAGCUGAAAAUUUUUCUGGUGGGAAUGCAAUAGAAAGUGAGGUGGUUGAAGAUGAGGGAAGGAAUACAGUCGAGAUGGAUGAUACUGACGGUGAAGUUUUGGACCAGACGAUCUUAAACUAUUGGAAAAAGGGAUCAAGAAUUUCGAGGGAUAAGCGCGUGCAUUUGAAUGAUUAUCUGGAUGAAGUGGAAACUCGUGCAUAUCAGAGUGAUUCAUAUAGUUCUGUAGAUUUUAGCAUAACUAUGAACCGUGUAAAGACUGAAGCUUCUUACGGUCACAAUCGCAGACCUGAAUUCCUGAAUAGAAACUACGCUUUUCUUGACAAUGUAGAAGAUGAUCUACAAGAGUUUGGUCCCGAAAAGAGAUCUCCAUAUGCUGCUCGACAGAAUGGACAAGAGAACGGAUUCGGCUCUUCUCCAUCAUCAAUACUUGAUAAUGAUAUAGAAUUCAGCAGGUGUCUGGUGGAGGCUAAAAAUCUUUUUGAAGAAGCGAAAGGAUAUUCCACACGUCGUGUCGAUGAUGCCAAUGCAGAGCAUGCUCUAAAUAAGUCUGCGGUACUACUCUCGAAAGCGAUUGACAUGAGGCCGAUGAGUUUAUUGGCGGUUGGCCAAUUGGGCAAUACGUAUCUUCUUCACGGAGAGCUAAAGCUGAGAAAGAGUCGGCAGCUGAGAUCCCGACUUGUGAGAGUGGAUUCGAUGUCUGUUGAUGGAGUGGGGAGAACACGAAAUAGGAUUGAUCAUUCACUUUCAAACAAAGACAAGAUUGUGUCGACUCUUAUGAAUGUCUGCGAAGAAUGCGAAGAGCUACUUAUUAAGGCGGGAAGAUCGUACAGAAUGGCCUUGUCGAUCGAUGGGAAUGACAUACAAGCAUUGUAUAAUUGGGGGCUUGCUCUUUCUUUCCGUGGCCAGUUGAUUUCGGAUAUUGGACCGACUGCAGCUCGUGAUGCCGACAAGGUCUUCAUGGCUGCCAUCGACAAAUUUGAUGCCAUUAUGUCCAAAAGUAACGACUAUGCGCCUGAUGCUCUGUUCAGAUGGGGCGCAGCACUGCAGCACCGUUCCCGGCUAAGGCCAGGCCGUAGUCAAGAAAAGGUGAAGCUGCUGCACCAAGCUAGACAAUUAUAUGAGGACGCGCUGUACAUGGACACGGGAAAUACCGAACUACAAAAGGCCCUAUCAUCUUGUGUAUCUGAGCUGGAGUAUUGGCACAGAUGAGCAUUCUAAGGUAAAGUAACAAAUAAAAACAUGUGGUUCAUAGUUUAUGGUCAUUUUACACACCUAACAAUAAUGCACCACACAAUUCUUUUAUGGACCACAAUAAAUGUCAUGCUUAAGUAUUUUGGUUUAUAGUUCCUUGAUCGUUGGAAGAUUCUUGCUAGCUGUAUAUUGUCAGAUAUCUUUUGUGGACAUCAUAUUUCAGAUUAUUUUCGAUAUCCCUCAAGCAUCUGUACCUCUUAUUUACCUGCUAGAAUGGAUCUAAAAGAGAUUGUUUGAUGUUAAGAACUGCCAAUGGCAAGACAACAGAUAUUUCUAGAUAAUUCGAAAACAGCAGUGAUGUUCAUAUUAUACUCUAGCUUGUCAAUCUGAUGGAAAAAAAUUUAAGUAAAAUUGCAGAUACAAAGUUCCUUGCAUCGACAAGGGAUUGAAUUUGUGCACCUGAUCAAAGAGGCUUUCCAAGAGGGAUGCUGAGAAAAGCCCUCAAAAUUCCUGUAAAUGGGAUGAUUCCAGCCAGGGUUUGGUCUUCUUCGACGACCCAAACGCUGCUGACACGAUUACUCAGUGCCUGGAUCAUCACAGCCGCCAGGGAACUCCCGGGGCUGCACGAAAUAGCCUCAGACCUCCUUCCAGGCGAGUUUCGACUCUUACACGACCAGCUGCCCUUGCCUGGACUUGAUUCGUCGUCUGAAGAACAGCUUGAAGAUGAUGAAGGUGAUGUUAGGGAGUUACGAAACUCAUCCAUCAAUUCCAGCAUUCCCUCUAAAUUACUCUCCUUCAGCUUCAUCUUCACCAGCUGCACCAAAUCUAACGGCGUCCCACCGCAGUCUAUGUGCGCCAUGAGAUCCACGGCCGGCAGCGCCAUUAUGGUUGCUGCAGCAGUUUCGUCGCAGCAGGCUAAAGCAACGGGAGAAAUCUCCCCAAUCAACCGAUUCUCCUCGUCCAUGACAGCUACCGGCCUCUGCUCCUUGAUCGCACGUUCGAAGAACUCCAGUGCUGAGGAUGCAGGCUUGUUGUAGGCUACAGCCAUAACAUCUGGAUCGAUAAUGCCGAGAGACUCUACAGUCUGAGUGGGGAUCGGAGAGAAGACUCCGAUGAAGUUGAAGAGGAACCGAACCACAUCUUCCUGCGUGAGCCAGCAGUAAAGGCGGCCAUUGUUGUGAACGCAGGAAGAUGGAGACUGCUGCCGGUUGAGGAACCUCUUCCUUGAGGUGUUGUUUAUCAGGUGGCUAUGUAUUGGCACAACUAGGUUUUGAGCACCUUCUAGAAUGCAGCCUAUGGCUUCCCACAAACUGAAAAUUUACACCAACAGAAUACAGAUCAGCAGAUACAGUUGCCUCAACGUACAAUUUGGUUGGUAUUUGUAAAUCUAUCAUCUCGAUUUAGCAUCAAUAAGAAUCAUUCCAAUUUCA